UUCGCAUCAUUGAUUUACAUUCAUUAGUCAGUAGGAGUUUAAAGAUUAAUAGAAAUACAUAUUAGUCAGCGUAAAGACCAUUAUCAUAUAAGGCUGUCAGUUCUCAGACAAACCAGCAUCUCGUGAUGAUGGAGAAGAUUAUUAAGGAUGUCGGUGAUAUUCAGUCCGGACUGAUCGAUCACAGACCAGUCCUGCAGGGAGAAAUCAGAUACUUCCUCAAGGAGUUUGAGAAGCGUGCUUUCAGAGAGUGCCGUCUGCUUGAAAACCUGAACAAGAUGAUAUCCGACACUAAUGAUCAUGAUCUGCCGCAGUGUACUGAGAGUAUGGAUGAGAAACUGUGUGACGCGUGCACACAACUUGAAGCAGUGAAGCAUAUGGCUCAGAGAAUCCAGCAGAGGGAGCUAGAGGCUGAACAGCUCAUCCCGCCCUUAAAUGAAACUGAAUUGUGUGUGUGUGUGUGUGUGUGUAUGUAUGUGGAGAGGACAAGGCAGGACUGGGAGGACUUUCAGAAGGAGCAGUGUGCUCUGAAGGAGGAGGUGGAUGAAGAGCACGUUAAAGCUGUCAGCAGACUCAGUGCUCAGUAUGAUGAAAUGAAGAAAGACCUGAGCAAAUACAGAACCCUCUGAACAUCAACCUGACUGUGUGUAUUUUUAUGUGUGGGUGUGUGUGUUAUGAAUGUGUUUUACUACUGAUACGUCAUUGCACAUUUU